AAACGAUGAUAAAGCAGAAGUGGAGCCCCAGGGACCUACUGUAUCUGGCAGGGAGGCGGCAGAACCACACUGAGAAGGAACCACUCAGCUGGGCAGAGAGACUUUCCCAUCCAUUGGCACAAGAUGGACAGAGGAAGGCACCAUCUUGAUUCUGAAGGAUAUGAAAAUAUCCCUUGCGAGGAGAACCCAACUGAGCUUGUAAUGAGGAUGAGGAUGGUUCAUGAAGAACUUAAAGAAGGAAAGAGGAGUCGGAGGACACAGAGGAAACUCCUGAUGGUUCUGGUGACCCUGCUGGUUCUUGUCUUCAUGUUCCUGAUAAUCCUGAUCGGCCUUGUGCAUCUAUACUAUUCUACAGUGAGCAGUCAGAUAAAGCAGGCCGAUUCUCAGAUAUCACGGGCUUUGGAUGGUAUUAAGCAGAACAUCUUACAGACAAUACGGAAAGAGAUACGUGUGUGUGAUUCUGGCUGGAAAAAAUUUGAUGGAAGCUGUUAUUAUAUUGUCACAACUAAGAAGAACUGGAUGGAGGCCCAGGCCAUUUGUAAAUCAAUGAACAGCAACCUGGUUAUUAUCAACAGUGAGGUGGAACAGAACUUCCUUGAAAGUCUUACUAACCAGUCAGACUUUUGGAUUGGUCUCCAAAGGGAUAAGGUGGAUAAGUAUGAGUGGCGAUGGCUGGAUGGAACACUCCAAAAUCCAUUAGAGGGAUUCUGGAUGAGGGGGGAGCCGAAUAAUGCAAAUAGAGAAGAAGACUGUGUUCAUAUGUGGUAUGGCGAAAAGUGGAAUGAUGCAAAGUGCAUCUAUCCGUACAAAGCAUUCUGUGAGAAGUAAAUGACAUGUUGGGUGCAGUUUUGGAACAUGGACUUCAGUUUUAUGAGCACUUUAUUACAGGGUCAGCAUCCAGUAGUGGUGAGAGAAUCUGUCCCGCUUCGACGGAAAUUCGCAAAUCUUUUCAAAGAUUCCCAAAACGAUGAAUAAUUCAUGCAACGGCGAAAAUGGUCCACGAAAAAAAAAGCCAGUUUGGCAAAAAAAUCUGCAAGUGGUGAAACGCGGAAAUUCACCACAAAU